AUGGCCACCAACCUUCCCAUCACCGCCGACACCCUCAUCACCGUCAAGAUCUCCAUCCAGGGUAGCAACCGCAAGUUCAAAAUCCCCCUGAGGGAUCUAGAAGCGAACGUGCUUCCCAGCAAGCUUCGGUCCCUGUUAGCUAUCCCACCAAACCAAGAGGUCGUCUUCGAGCGCUUCUCCGACAGCGCCGGCGCCUACAUCACUCUCGACACCGAGAACCCCCACGUCUACAAGACCCUGUUCCGAGCCGCCAAGGCGAAGCUCAAGCUGCGUUUGAGGGCAACGCUUCCAUCCGAGAGCAUCGAACAAGCCACUCAAGCUCCAAAGCAGACAGCAGGCGCUCCGCUUGCACCGUUCAUCGCAUCCAGCUCCCGGCCGUACUGCUUCAACAUGCCACCACUGCCACUGCCUGCGCCCACUGGCCUGUUGGAUGCUUACGCAUCCAUGCGUCCGCCCAGGGCGCCCUACGCCCGGACUAUUCCAGUUACUGGUCCGACUCCGGAGGCGGCCAGACCGUCUGCUAGCAGCUCCAAGACAGCUGUCAACCUUGUGGAUGCGGCACCCGCGCCCACUUCGUGGUCUGUGUACUGCAACGAGUGCGACAAGCCCAUGGCAAACGAACAUUACCACUGCAGCAUUUGCGACGACGGCGACUACGAUCUCUGUGGUUCUUGUGUAGACUCUGGCGUGCACUGUCCCGGUCAAGGCCAUUGGCUCAUCAAGCGCUUCGUGCAAAGCGGAAAGGUUGUCAAUAGCACCACCGAAAUGGUGGGUCCUAAGAAUAAGUCUCCGACCGAGAACGAGAUGCCAGGCGCGUUUACCGAGGAGAAGAAGGUGGAAGUCGAAGAGCCAGAAGUGCCUUCGAGGACCUGCAACUGCUGCGUAAAGGUUCUCCCUGAGAUUGAGUUCGUCACCUGCACUUCCUGCGACGAUUACGACCUAUGCAUGCACUGCCAUGUUGGCACAAAGCAUGGCCAUCAUCCCGCACAUGCUUUCAGGCCUGCUACUGCCCAGACAUCGAUCGGACCUCUGGCCGAGUUCCUCUGUGCUCCAGGCCGCAAUGUCCGUCACUCCGCUAUCUGCGAUGGGUGCGACAAGACUAUCUACGGAGUGCGUCACAAGUGCCUCGUCUGCCCCGACUUCGAUUUCUGCGGAGCUUGCACCAAGAACUCGAAAUACAUUCAUCCUGGCCAUCGCUUUGUGCCGAUCUAUGAACCGCUGCCCGAGCCUCGCGCGAACUACGUUAGGCACUACGGUAUCUACUGUGACGGUCCUCUCUGCAAGGGCAAAGAUACCCAGUCGUACAUCGAAGGCGUCCGCUACAAGUGUGCCGUGUGCCACGACACAGAUUUCUGCGCCAAUUGCGAAGCCCUUCCGAGCAACCGGCACAACCGCACGCAUCCCCUGAUCAAGUUCAAGACACCAGUCCGGAAUGUCAGCGUCACCACCAUGGGUGAGGACAAGCAUGGCAUUCCUCUCGCAACGAUGGGCGACCACCAGACACGCCGCUCCAUGGCUACAGAGACUGUGCCCGUCGCACCUCCCGCCAAUGCAGCUACUGAGGUCCAGACCAUUGUCGACCUCAAGCCCAGCGAAGAGCCUACUGCUAAGCUGGCAAACGAGAAGAUUGAGAUCAAGAGCCUCCUCACCGAACCCAUUACUGAGAAGAUCAAGGUCGAGGACCUCCUGACCACUCCCGUUCCUGAAAUGGCCAAGGCCGAGGUACCGGUCACCGCUACCAAGCCCGGAGUGCCAAAGUCCGUACCAGCUGCCGAGCUGAACGCCCACUUUAUCCGCGACACCGUUCCCGACCUCUCCCGCAUGGUGCCGUCUCAGCGUUUCAUCCAAGGCUGGACACUCCGCAACCCGGGCCCACACGCCUGGCCUGCCGGGUGCAGCGUCCGCUACACCGGCGGAGAUAACAUGCUCAACGUCGAUCGCGACCACCCGUCAAGCGCGACCGACAUGGCCGAGGCAACCGAGAGCAACGUCAUCGGUCGCGAAGUCCAGGUCGGCGAGGAGGUGACCUUCCGCGUCAUUAUGAAGGCGCCUACGCGCGAGGGGCGCGCCAUCUCGUACUGGCGCCUCAAGGCGGCCGACGGCACACCGUUCGGGCAUAGGCUGUGGUGCGAUAUCAACGUCGUCAAUCAGCUGCCUCUCGCGCCGGUUCCGGCACCCCCAGCCAUGUUUAUGGGCGGAACCCAUCCACCCCAGUUCCCGGCUCCGCUCUCUCCUCCCACCGAAUCUAGAAUUGGACGUGGCAACAAGAUCCUCCAGGACUACCAGAUGCAGCUCAUGCUGCUGGAGCAGGAGAACAAGAAGCUCCUCCUCAAGAAGCGGGCAGAGCAGCGCGCUCUUGACCAGAUUGAGCAGUUCUUCGGCAAGGCGGAAGCGUUGAAGAAGAGUAUCGUUGACAGCGUUGCCAAGGCUCCCGAGCCCACCGUAAAGACCGAGCCCAAGACUGAGACCCAAGCCCCCGCUACCGCGGAGCUCGAGAAGGUCAAGGAGCAAGAACCUACCGAGACCAUCAAGACAGAGCCCACCGAAGCCACCAAUCCCGAGCCCGAGCCGGAGCCAGAAACCAGCCAAAUGGUCUUCCCGCAGCUGCCCAAGGAGUCCCCCGUCUCGAGCACGCACGAGGCCGUCACGGCGCCUUCGGCCCCCCGCACAGAGACGGGAUCUGAGUCCGCGAAUCCGAUGUCGCCGUCUGCUGCGUCGGAGGAACUAGAGUUCUUCGAGGAUGCUGAGACGGUUGAGAUGGAGGAUGCGACGAGUGAUGAGGAGGGCGGGUUUGUUACGGACGAGGAGUAUGACGUCUUGGAUGCUAGUGAUGAGGAGCUGAAGUAG